UGUUGUUCUAUAUAAGAAUGGUUUUUACUACACUACGUUAAGAUUCAUUAAAAGUGCGGUUAUUCCUUACUGGAGGACUGGACAUCUUGAGCAAUUGUAGGACAAAAUGGAUAUUGUUCGAACUUUGGUCAGCCUCGCCGUGGUCUUGAGUUUGGUUAGUUCGGCUAGAGGAGCUGCUGGGGCAUUAGAUGGUGCUUGCACUACUAAUGAGAACUGCAUCGGUACACCUCAUGCCGGCACGUGCACAGACACAGACAGUACUUCUACACUGGACACGUGCAAAUGCGAUGCUGGAUACACUGCAAACGUAGGAAAUACUGCUUGUCAGGGAGCGGCUGGUGCAUUGGACGGAGCAUGCGACGCCCAAUCGGCAUGUACCGGAACGCUACAUGCCGGUACUUGCACUGACACUAACAAGGACGGUACACCCGACACAUGCAAAUGCAGUGCCGGAUACACGCCUAACCCCAAAAGCACUACUUGCAUAGUGGCGGACGGGUACUUGGAAGGAUCAUGCACGACCAAUGCGAGCUGCGCUAAUACUCCAAACGCAGGGACAUGUACGGGAAACAAGUGUAAAUGUAACUCUGGAUAUACAGAAAAUGGUGAAAAAACAGUAUGCGCAGUGGCAGACGGGUACUUGGAAGGAACUUGCACAAACAAUGCAAGUUGCACCGGAACACCACAUGCACAAACCUGUACUGGCAGAAAGUGUAAAUGUAGCUCUGGCUUUAUAGCAGAAAACACCAUCUGCAAAGCUGCAGCCGGCUUCUUAGAAGGAACAUGCGCAAAUAACGACGGCUGCAAAAAUACCCCACACGCAGGGACCUGCACGGAUGGCAAGUGCAAAUGUAACAAAGGGUUCAAAGCCGACACCACAAGCUGCGCAGCUGAAGACGGCUAUCUGGAUGGGAUUUGUGCAAACAACGCCAGCUGCACGCAAACCGAACAUGCACAGACAUGUACAGGUGGAAAAUGCAAAUGUAACACUGGGUAUACAGCAAACGCUGAUACCACCGGUUGCAGCGUUGACGGAGGUAUCAACGGAAAAUGUAGCUCCCACACCGACUGCACAAAGACUACUAACGCCGGUACCUGCACAACUGGUAAAUGUGAAUGCAACACCGGAUAUACUGCAAACGAGGAUGGAUCUGCCUGCAACUAUGGUGUCGUUUCCAGGACAUCAACAUGGAUUACAUUGGCAAUGAUGUUGGCAGCUAAAUUCUUUAUGUAGCCAUGUUGAACGAUUAUUAAUCAAUGUAGUAACAAAAACGGAAAAUUCGACAAAAACAUUCGACAUAAUAAAACUUAUUUAUAUGCAAUGGUUAAUCUCAACAAACUUAAAAAACCUAUAUAUGUAUGCUUUAAUCCUUUAUUAUAUUUAAAAAAAAUGAAAACAUAUUUGUUUAUUUAUAUAGUUUUUGUUGUAGUAUAUGAAAUAUAGGCGGAGUUUGUUUUAGUUAGUAAAUCCAUGAAGAUAUAGCCAUUUAUGGUGUCUUUAUAUGCAUGAUAUAAUUUUGGCAGGAAUGAGUCAUGGUGGAGCUCUUUAAAAUAUUAUGUGUUUAAAGUUUAAUGAACAAAGCUGGUAUUUUCAAUAAUAACACUCUAUAAAUUCAUUUGAUGAUAAUAUUUAUAUAUAUGCUUGCCGACUAACUAAAUGUCAAAUUAUUUUCAAAUGAUAUUAAUACAAAGGUCCGUAUGUAUAUAGUUCAAUAAAUAUAAUAAAACGAGAAACUACAAAAAAAACGUAUAAGGAUACACAUUCUUUUUACCAACUGCCAGAAAUGUAUUUCAACAUAAACAUGAAACACAUA